CGCACCGGGUCACUCUCGCCUCUCGUUACUCAGUCGCUGCUCCUGUCGGGCAGUCCGUACCCACCACGCGCCAGACGCCUCCCCGCACCGCCAUGGAGGAGCCCCCGUGGAAGAAAAUCAAGCUCUCGCUCGAGCGGCCGCACAAGGACGACGACGGCAACCCCAUCCCCGUCCUGCUCGACAUCACCGCGGACGGGCAGCACAUAUACGAGCCAAAAGAAGACGCGAUCGCACAGGUUGGCGAAAACUUGCGUAGGAUCUUCCUCGAGCGUGGUGUCGACUACUUCGAUCGCAAGAAGGAUGCCCCAGGCAAGGCACCUGAACAGAACGCAUCACCGGAGGAUGAGGACAAGCCGGACGACUUUCAGGGUCCUCGCCCGCCCAUGACGACGGAGGAGCUCUACAAAAUGCGCGUAGAGUUGCUCCCUCACCUGCACAUCGCCCUCGGUGAGAUGACGCAGGCCAGGGACCUGCUGGCAAUGCUUCUCUCGACUGCCGGUCCCUCCUCGGCGCCAUCCGUUACUCAGCUGCUAACACAACCCACGCUGCCUACCUCCCAGCCGGCGCCGGCGCCGCCACCUCCAUCGAACCUAACUGCCACUGUCGCUACAAAGCCGCCGCCCAUCUUGUCUGUGCGCGCCUUCGAUACACAGCUGGUCAUCGGUGGCAAGGACAGGGCGCUUCGCAGAGCUGCUGACCUUUUUAAGUCCGCGGCCGAGAACAUGGAGGCUGGAAGAGCCAGGAGCGAGAAGCACUGGCUCGACGCUCUGCGCAUCAGGCGGGGCAACUGGGGUUUGGUCCCCGCGCCACUACCUCUGGGAUCUGCGACCGGGAAGGGAGCUGACAAAACCUCAAAGGACUUCCUCGUGUCCUUCGGCCUAGAAGAAUCGCCUGCCGUCUUCCGGCGUCGAGCUAUUGGUCGAAUGCCGAUUUUGGACACAGAGGGAAACAGGAUAGAGUUCCCAUUACGGCAGAACACUCGCUUGCGGGUCUCACUGAAGAGGACUGAUGAUGAUGACUCUGAGCAUGUGGUCACGAACACUUUCUCCGUGAUGGAGGAGACAACCCUGGAGGAGUCGCUUCGUGCAGCGCAGAUUGAGGUGGUAGAACAAGAGGUGUUCUCCGCCCUCAUCAAGGAAGCAGGCAAUUUGCCGACAGCAACUGCUAGGGUGUCUGAGCGGUCAAUACUUAUCAAGGCUGCUCCGGGAACUGAGCUUAGCAUCCAGUUGGUGGACAGCAACAGUGAGCAAGAUGUGCAGUCCUCGAGUGCCGGGGCAGCAACAUGCGACCUCAUCGCCGCUGCUCUCCGAGUUCUCCUGCUUCGUGCGCACCACUACCUAAGAUACGAGCGUAUCAAACGCACCGGUUCUUUUCGCAUGCCCGCCCAAGCCGCCAUCCUCCAGACGCCGCCCAUACUCCAGCCAAUCAUCGACCUGCUCCAGUACGAGGUGUUCUGCAACCGCGUACGUUCCGAGUUCGAGCGCAUCGUGGGUGCCCUCCGGUGCGCGGGGGUGCCGGCGAAGAUUCACUUCGAGGUGAUGGCGGGGAGCGGGGAGGAGUUCGUCAAACUGGUCACGGAUAACAAGCCCAAGCCAGCAGGCGGGGAAGCCAGGUUACGGAUCGACAACCGGCAAACACUGCGCUUUACGUUCGUUUCACCGUCUCUGUUGAUUGCGCACCUCCCACAGGCGACCCUGGGUAUUGUAUCGAUGGCUCAACUGUCCCAGCUAUUGGCUGAUGAAGUAGGAAUGUUCCUGCUGAAGCGAAUAUGUGAUAUCGGCACGGAGCGUUGCAGCGGAGUCAGCGGUGCAUGGUUCGUCGAUACGCUCACAAGCAGGAGUGUAGGGAAGUGGGAAGGUUGUGUGUUGAAUUUCCGUGUGUCGUUCUCGGACGAUGCGACCCUGUUGUGCACUGCUACGAGAGUGGAACGUGCAAAAGGCCAGUUGCAGCCAACAACAGAAACGUAUACGACCAAGCAACAGAAUGACAGCACGCUUUUCGACUGGACAAUGCACAUCAUUGACUCAGCACUACUGAAGCAACCCUCCCCUUCAAUACCUCGCUCUUGACCCGUCUGACCCCCUUUCCCCCUUGCUGCUCAUGACCACACGACAUAUCUUCCACACCCGAGCGCUGAACAUAUCUCACUGUAGCCAUAUUGUGUAUCCUUACCUAUACCAUCAUGACAUCUUGAGUUUCAC